ACAGCAUGAUGAAGCAAUUCCCAUAGACUGGCAUAGGAAGAAAUUCCUAUAAAAAUAGACUCUAAAAAGUGAGAACUUUGGGGUCUGAUUCUGCAAACCAACUUCCAGGAGCAGGACCCUAAGCAGCAGGGAGACGGCUGUUCUGAAAGCCAGAGCUGGAGCUAGGAGAGGGCCCAUGCCUCAGCACAGACCAGUGCAGGGCUGUUGGAACAGGGGGGAAGAACACACAGUGCAGGAGGCUCGUCUGUGGAGCAGUCACCAACAAGGUGAUUCAAAGGCCAGGGCUCCCAGGAGCUGCUGGGAAUUGCCAGACGCCUCUGCAGGGUCUGCAUCCAGCCCAAGCUCUGCCUGAGGCACACUCAGACACGCAGCACACCGCUAUGCUAAUGAGGGAAAACAGCUACCAAGCCCCCGCUCUGUUCCGCUGUCCCUGGGGAGGGUGCAGCACGGAGGAUAUCCUGGUUGCUCCCUUGAGCCCAGCAUGCAACAGAGAGUGGCCUGCACUCAGGAGCCGUGUCUGCCAGAGGACAGCAGUCCCUGCUGCUGGCAGCAGAGUGGGGACUGUUUCAAACCAGCACCAGAGACCUCACUCAUCACAUCAAAGGCACACGGAGCUAGAUUGCAUGCACCAUACUGGAAACCUCCCCACCAGCUUUGUCUGGCAUGUGGGCUUCACACACGACAGACACCUGGUGCUAGACGACUAGGCACAGUGCUGGGGUCUAGCCCCGAGUCCACCGCAGACAGAGAUCUUGGGCAAGUCAUGCCUCACCCCUGUGCCUCAGUUUCCCCCUAAGUGAACUGGUGGGGACACUGAAUCCUCUCCCAGGGUGACAGCAGAGCACUGGACUAGCAGUGCCAUUCUGUCCCUCACUCUGCCACUGACCUGCUGUGACCUUGGGCAAGUCCCUUCCUCUUGGAGUGUCAAUCACACUGGGCACCCCGCAGCAAGGAGCAGUGGCCUCUGGGAAUUAGCAAGCACCAAGCAUUGCCUGGGCCCCAGGACCAGCAACGGAGACUCCUCCAGGCAGCUUGCCGCUCUGCUCCCUGCCCCUUCCCUUUGGAAAUAAAAUCUCCCGCUGCAGCUGCUGCAAUCGCCCAGUGCUUCGGAGCCAGCUCGCAACAGCCUUUGCAGGGCUGUGCUGCCCACUAGUGGUAUGAUGGGGGAACAACACACCAUUCAGAAAUUUCCUCCUUCCUCCACCCCCACCCCCUGCUACGCGGACCAAUCGGCUUGCCCCUGCCAGCCAGGCUCCGCCCCCGUGCUUGCUGGCUGCUGGUAAAUAGCGGCCCCAGCAGUGGGCGGGCGUGACUCCACCAGCACUCCGGGAAGGGCUCUGCCAGGCCACAACCCAGCUCCCGCUCACUGCUCGGUUGCUCCGCAGCUGGGCUCCUGGCUGGGGUGUGCCACAGGGCUCAGCCAGGAGGCGAGCAGGACUCAUGGAAACUUUGGGCUCCAGGGACCCCAGCUCAGAGACAGGGACUGAUGUUCUCAGGAGGUGCAAGCAGCUCUGAAGCCAGUCCCUGGCCUGCAUCUGCCCCUCUGCCAGGACCCAUGGGAGGCUGCCCUAAGCCCCAGUGAAGCAGGACGGAGCUAGGCUGUUUUUCUUUAAUUCUUUUUAAACCUUGGACCCUUCCUUGGGACUCAUCUCCUGCCUGUGUGUCCUGGACUGUCAAAGAAUUGCCUGGUGAUCAAGAACACCCCAUCAAUAGCUCUCUUUGCUGAGCAGUACUCCCUGGCGAGCUGAUGCUGCAGCGUGCUCACUCUAACGCUGCCUGGCAAGCCUUUGCUCAGGCCAGACUUAACCUGGCAUAGCACCUCUCCAUGCUGCUGGGCGCUCAGCAGGACCCUACGGCCACAUGAUGAACACACAGGCAUUGGCCCACACUCUCUGGAAAUGCCUGGGAAAGCUGCUAGUGAUCCUAGAGCUGUGUGUUCAAGGCAACUUCUUAAACACGUCAGCCAUCCCCCACAGAUGCCCCCAUGUUUGCAUAUGCACCUCGGACCUUCUGAGCUGUGCCAAGCAAGGUCUCCAGCAGGUGCCAGUUGCAUUGCCUCCCACAGCUACCACCUUGGAUCUCAGCCACAAUGUCCUCUUCCAGCUUCACAACCAUUGGCUGGCAGCCCUGCCACGCCUCCAGGCCCUCCGCAUCAAUCACAAUCGCAUCACAGACCUCUUGCCACAGGCGUUCCACAAUGCCACAGACCUGAGACACCUGGACAUGUCCUCCAAUUACCUGCAUGCCGUUGAGAAGCACUACUUCGAAGCACUGGUGCACCUAGAGGAGCUCCUGCUCUACAACAACUGGAUUGUACAGGUAGAUGAACAAGCCUUCCUCAGGCUAAGCAGCUUGCAGAAGGUCUACCUAGGUUGGAAUAACCUAACCCAAUUCCCCUUCAGCUCCAUGCAGGGGCUUAGCCACCCUAACCUGAUGACCCUGGACCUCUCCACCAAUAACCUGAGCAGAAUUCCCAUUGAGGAGGUCACAGCCUUGCCUGUGUACAUCAGAAAUGGCUUGUAUCUCCACAACAAUCCAGUGCGGUGUGACUGCUCACUCUACCAGAUGUUCAAGCAGUGGCAGCAGCGGCACCUCAGCUCGGUGCAGGAUUUCCUAGAGGAACACACAUGUAUGGCGUUUGACAACAUGACACGAUCCUUAGUCAGGUUCCUCAAGUACAACAAGAUCUUUGAGAACUGCUCCAUGAGCCAGGGCUCCCCUGGCGCCUCAGACAUGCAUGCCACAGUGCUCGUAGGAGAGACUCUGCUAAUCAACUGCAACACGAGCAUGCCUGACACAUCUGUCACCUACAUGUGGAUCUCACCCCAACACGAGCCCAUCAUGCACCCUGGCAAUGGCAAUCGCACACUUGAAGUUUAUCACAACGGGAGCCUGAAGAUCAUCGCAGCCAAGCCAUGGCACUCUGGGGUGUAUGUGUGCAUGGCUAUCUGCAAGCACCACCAGCUCAACAAGACACACGAGGUCAAUGUGACCAUCCAUUACCCCAUGCUGGAUGGGGAGUCCUUCAGUACCGGCCUCACAACCCUCCUUGGGUGCAUAGUGAGCCUCGUGCUAGUCCUCAUGUACCUGUACCUCACUCAGUGCUACUGCUUCCAGUGCUGCAAGAAAGCCGUUGUUCCUAGCCCUCCCCAGGAAUGCAGUGCUCAAUCCUCCAUCCUGAGCACCACCCCCCCAGCCCAGCUGGGCCCAGCCGGGCCCAGCCGGAAGAUCAGCACCAGCAAGCACGUGGUGUUCCUUUAGCCCAUCAAGGAAGCGCACAAUGGUAAGAUCAGGCUGGCUGCCAGCGAGGAAGACACCAAGAAUCCCAAGCUCCUGCAGCUCAAGUCAGACUCAGAAUCCAUUAGUUCCAUCUUCUCAGAUACUCCCAUCACGUCCUAGGAAGUAGGCGGGCUGGGGACCAGAAAUGGGGGGCAGUCUCCCAGGAGACAAAAUUGGUGUGUGUGGGGUUGCUAGCAGUCACUGCUGGGGAGGGAGAAAGGGGCACCAUGCGGAGAUGCAAUCUGCCGUGCAGAAGAGCUGCGUUUUCUUAUAUUUGUUACUCCUAGAGGGAGGAUUAUGAUGCAUCCUUAUCAGGCUCCAGCUACUUCCAGGCUCCACUGUCACAUUGUAAAACAACCCAGGAGGGAGAGAAGAUCAAAAUAGCCCCCAAGACUGCAGUCUGAUGGCCUCAACCUCUCCUCUUCGUUGUGGUUAAAGGCAGGCAGGUCACCCAAAAACAAAGCUAGCUUUUAUGAGAUCAAAUGCUCUUUGAAGGAUCACAAGUGACUGCAUCCUGUUCUGCACCACCCAGACAAUAUGGUAUAGCAGAGGGUUCUCCUCACUUUAGAUUGUUGGCAAUGGAACAGGGACAAUUUCCUCCAAGUGCUGUCCAGUGGCUGAUUCAAGAGAAGCCCAUUGGGUAGCUCCUAGCUCUCCUGAGCAGCCAGUCUGGCUAGGACUGUAGCUUUGACCUUCAGGAUGAUGCACAUUGGCUAAUUAACAUCCUUACAGAUCUGUCUUUCUAGAACACCCUAGCAAUGGCACAAGACUGGGCGAUCCCUUCUGCCUCCUCCCUCUCCCGCUCGCCCCCAUUCAUGUGUCCAACACUGGGCACAGGGAAACAUGCAUGGCUGAGCCCUCCACUUCCAGCCAGCCCUGGACUUCCUUGAAUAGUGCACUGCAGAGUUCAGCACUAUCCUGGGCAAGGCUGAGCCUGACUUGACCACUUGCCCUCUGGGCAUGUGCGGAGAGCACCGUAAAUGCUGGAGACUGUCAGCUAGACUUUUGCUUGACCUAGCUUAGAGAGUUGUUUGCUUUAAUUACAAAGCCACAUGGCCAGCCCAGUGUACUGGGCUUCUUUCUUGUGAGAGCUCCCCUCCAGCCUGUAGUCUCCAAUAGCACUGGGGCACCUGCAUUACUACACUAGAAUUCUGCUAGCUCAGGACAGUAGCAGCAGCAAACAAGCCAGUACGGGCUAUAUGCCCUAUAGGCCUAAAGAAGGAGAGUAGCAUGCUCCAUCCCCCAGAGCACAGGGGUAAGGAGGACAUUCUCCUGGCACAGGCUGAUGCUGCCUACUAUGUACAACUAACCCACUGCCAGCUCCUUCAACCAGCUGGCCCUAGAUUUAGGUAAGUGCUGCCUAGUUUGUGUGUGGUCCUAAUGAGGAUGGGAAUUUCACUCCGAUCUUCAUUAGACAAAGCCAUUCAGCAAAGUAAACAAUGCAAUUACUCCCCUCCUCUGCUACACACAAGCAGCUGUAAGUAGUUGAGUUCAGGAAUGUAAUAGAUGAUGAUUGUGCAUAGUGUGAUACUAAUGACCCAACCCUGCACUGCUCCAUGCUCCCCCUGUAACAGAGAAGGAGCAGUUCCUACACACACCAUCUCCUCCCUGGGUGCUCUCUCCUUGAGCAGGGCAGACCUGCUGCUAGGCUGUUUAGGUAACAACCCAACAGUGUAUCCAGGAUUGGGACUAAAACCAUCUCUCACUUUCUUGCACCAUAAAUUCUCUAGUUACACUGGAAUAAAAAAAUGCCUAUUUUUUUUAAUUCAACUCAGUCCAAGAGUCUCUUUGCCCUUGUAUGGGGCCUGGAAUGGAGUCCACCUCAGCCUGUCCCCACCACCCCUGGUAUCUGUCAGCAGGACAGACCUCUCCACCCAGAACCACUGCCCAAGUCCUGUCCUAACAGAGGGGACUGGCAUUCCUUCUGCCCCUGCACAGGGGGCCAGGACAUCGCUCCCUGACAGCAGCCUCAACAUCUGGCUAAGUGCUGCCAUCAGACGAGAUUUAGGUUUGCCUCCAAGCGGCAAGGGUGUCAGUGGGCAAUGCCAGAGCUGUUCAAAGGGAGCCUGCUGCACAAGCAGCACACAGACAGGUGCCAGCCAGGUUAACAGAGCAUGGUUCUGCAGAGCAAGCAGGAGCAGGGGCACCAGGUGAAUGGGAACACUGCUGCACUGGCCAGUCCUAGGAGGUUGCAUGGAGAGUUAUGCAGAGCAGGAACAGCCUUCUCCACAGCAGGCUCCAGCAGGCUGUCUCUCCAUGGACUUUGAUGGCACACCCAGGCAUGCAGUGAGCUGCAUUAAAUGCCCAUGCAGAGGUGCCACAGGCUUACACAGCUAACAGGACGUGAACCAAGCCUGUGCUGGAUGCAGGCAGCGUGGGGCUGCAGGCGCAGGAGCCGGUGCUGGCCUGCCCAGCAUAUGCCCAGCCACCCAGCUGAGAGAAGCAGCAGCACAUCCCGCAGAGUAACCCAGUGAGGGCCAGCCUGGCCCUGGGGAGAAGCUAAUGGAGCUGUGGCUGGAAGCUCCCACUGUCCCAGAAAGCCCCACACACAGUGCUGGCUCACAACUCUGCUCCCUCGCUAGC